AUGGACGUUAAGUUGGCCGCCGUCCCAGCAUCGGUGCACGUCUCGACAGGUGUACGGAGCAUUGCACAGGCAGAGCGUACAGAACGCAUCGGUGGAGUAACGAGCGGGACGGAGCAAACCAAGCUUGGACAGAAACAUUACGAGGGCGGAUCGGUUCGCGUCUCGACAGGCGAAGUGGUAGUGCAGUGGCGAACUCAACUGAGUAGUGCUGAGCCCAAUAAGAAACCCUGCGAGGGUGGCCAAACAAUGAUUCUUCUGGGUUAUGGCCCCAAAUUUGCCUUGCCUUUCGAAAGUAAUCGAGAAGUCCCGUACUUCAAGAUUAUAGCAGACUUGGAAUCAAUUCUCAAACUUGAAACCGACGAAUCGCUACAAGCAGCAAACCGAAACCGUUUUACCAACAUCAUUCAAAACCAUUUAAACAAAAGAAAAAACGGUCUGCUUGAUCCUACAGCUGAUUCUGUCAACCGUUUCCUGAUGAGAGCUUACCACAUUUCCAAAAAGUUCAUCCGUGACAAUCCCGACAUAUAUAUUGUACCAGCCGAUAAGGGAAAUAAAACCGUAAUAAUGAAGAAAGAAGAAUAUGAAGAAAAAAUGAAAACCCUUAUCGAUGACGACGAUACAUAUGAGCGGAUAGAUACGGAUUUGACCAACAGAGUGCAAACAAAAAACAACCAGCUUGUUAAUGCUUUACACGAUCAAAAAAUGAUCGACCAAAAAGCCAGGUCUAUGCUAAUAACAUAUAACGCAACCUGUCCAAGAAUCUAUGGACUUCCCAAGAUUCACAAACCGGGAAGUCCAUUGAGAAUCAUACUCUCGUGCAUCAACUGCCCGACAUAUGAUUUAUCAAAAUAUCUUGCAAACAUUAUCAGAUUAUCGAUCGACCAAAACAAAUAUAACGUACAAAAUUCGUACGAAUUCUGUUCAUUCAUCUACAACAUUUCACUUCCAACAGGCUAUGUGUUGGUCUCGUUCGAUGUCGUCAGUUUGUUUACUUGCAUACCGAGAGAUUUGAUUAUGGCAGCGGUAAGAAAUAACUGGAAUUCGAUCGAGAAAAACACAACAAUCAAAAACAUAGAUAUUUUCUCCAAUCUAAUUGACUUUAAUCUCUCAUCCAGUUAUUUCGUUUACCGGGGAACACAUUUCCGGCAAAAGUCAGGAACAGCUAUGGGCAAUCCUUUAAGUCCUGCUCUUGCCGAUCUGGUAAUGGAAACAUUACUUGAUUAUGUGAUAGAAGCGAUCGAUAUACCGAUUCCAUUUAUCAAAAAAUACGUCGACGAUUUGAUCACCGCUCUACCGAUAUUUAUAUAG